UGCUUGAGUUUAAAGGCACUGCAGAGUCUGUUUACCUUUCUUGUUUGGAAAAGUGUUCCGGAAGCGAAACCCUGAGUAAUCGGAAGUGAUUAGGAGUGAGAGAGACGCUUGACGCCAGGAGGGCUUGGGCGGGGCCGAUUUCGGAACGGAAGAGGCGUGUGGCAAGUUAACCCAGUGACGCCACGCCGAAAAGCCUGUAAAGUGAAGCCCCCUGAAACAGGGAGACUACAAAUCUUAGAGGUAUUUCAGAAGUCUUGGAGUGCAUUUUCAUUAAGGGGGAAAAAUGACUACUCCUAAAAGUUUAGAAACCAAAGUGACCCUUACUUCAACCCCAAUCCGAGGAGCAGGAGAUGGAAUGGAAACUGAAGAGCCACCUAAAUCUGUUGAAGUCAUCUCUAGAGUCCAAUCCAGAAAACAUCAUAUGCCUCCAAGUCCACGGAAGAAAGCUGUUCUGUCAGAGAGCCCAGGAGUUCUUCAGUUAGGGGAAGUUCUCACUGAAAAAGCAGUGGAAGUGGAAGCUGUAAGAAUAUUAGUUCCCAAAGCUGCUAUAACUCAUGAUAUCCCUAACAAAAUUGCAAAGGUUAAGUCUCUGGGACAUCAUAAAGGAGAAUUUCUUGGUCAGUCAGAGGGAGUUACAGAACCUAAUAAAGAACUCUCAGAGGUAAAGAAUAUGUUGGAAAAGCUCAAGAACUCUGAAAAAAAGUUACUGCAGGACAAAGAAGGUCUUUCAAACCAGCUGCGAGUACAGACAGAGGUAAAUCGUGAGUUAAAAAAGUUGCUGGUGGCUUCUGUCGGGGAUGAUCUUCAGUAUCACUUUGAACGUCUAGCCCGUGAGAAAAAUCAGCUUAUUUUAGAAAAUGAAGUGCUAAGUCGAAACACAGCUCAGCUUUCCGAACAGUUAGAACGUAUAUCAAUACAGUGUGAUGUAUGGCGAAGUAAAUUCCUCGCAAGCAGGGUAAUGGCAGAUGAGUUAACCAACUCCAGAGCAGCUUUACAGCGUCAGACCCGUGAUGCACACAGUGCCAUACAAGAUCUCUUGAGUGAACGGGAGCAGUUUCGUCAGGAAAUGAUAGCUACCCAGAAAUUACUGGAGGAGCUCAUAGUCUCCCUGCAGUGGGGAAGACAGCAAACUUAUUCCCCUAGUGUACAACCCCACAGCACAGCAGAACUAGCAUUAACAAAUCACAAGUUGGCAAAAGCAGUAAAUUCUCACCUUCUGGGAAACGUCGGCAUUAACAGUCAAAAAAAGAUUCCGUCAGCAGUUGAAUUCUGCAGCACCCCAGCUGAGAAAAUGGCUGAAAAGGUUCUACGCAUUUUGGAUCCAGUUACCUGUACAGAGAGCUCAUCUGAUAGUGCAUUUUUUGAGUCUUCACCAACCACCUUACUUGCUACAAAGAAAAAUAUUGGACGAUUUCACCCCUAUACUAGAUAUGAAAAUAUAACUUUCAAUUGCUGUAAUCACUGCCAGGGAGAACUUAUUGCCCUUUAACAUUCAGUAUGCUGGAGGCAUGGUACAGGUACUUGCUUAUUACCCAACAGUCAUUAUUAUUUUAGAGCUAGGGUUGUUACAGUAUUAGAAGUGAUAUCACUUCCUAUUUAUAUAAUGUAUAUACCCAAAGAUGUUUUAUGUACUAUACUCCAGAUUACUCUUUCUUAAUAAAUAUCUCAGGGUAAGAAAAGAAUGAAACUUUUUAGAUAUAUUUAAAAUUAGAGAAUACUUUCCAAGCAAUACACAAUGCUUUUCGUAAAGGACUUUAAAAGAAAAAGAUUCUUUAACUUUCUUUUAGACCGUAAAUUAUUAUUUCUCUUACUAGAUGUUUUAUAUGAAUAAGUUUAAUUGUGAUACGUUAAAACAAGGAUAGGCAAACUACAAAUAUGACCAUACUCAUUCAUUUACUAUUGUCUAAGCUGUUUUUGUACUACAACAGCAGAGUUGAGUAGAUGCAGUAGGUCUUAUAUGGCCUGCAAAGCCUAAAAUAUUUACUGUCUACUCCUUUACAGGAAAAGUUUUCUGACUUCUACUCUAAAGUAAUAGUAGAUAGGGGGUAUGGGAGGGUACUUUCCCUUGACAGGAAUAUUUUGAGCUACAAAAGAGGCUUACAGAAAUACUAUGGGUGAAGGGACUAAUCUUUUAAAAGUAAGUGCUAUAUAUUAGGCAAAUAAAUAUUUUAGAGACAAAUUAACAAGAACUUCAGCAAAACAUGUUGGUUUUAUGCAGGGGAUUCUGUAUACUGAAUGUACACAAUCUGACAUAUAUAAAAGAAACACUCUUAAGUAUUGACAAAUGUAAUGUACAAUAGGAAUAUCCAACUUGAUAUUUAUAAAAUAUGGUGAAGUUAGAAUCUUUCUAGAACACUAAUAAACUUAAAGAAAAAAUGCAAUCCAUCAAUUAACACAUAUUAUGUAAAAUGUAUAUUUAUGAUGAGCCAUCAUAAAUGCCCUUUUACUGGCCUUUAAAAAUAGUCACAAAAUAUUUAUGCCAAAUUAUACGAAUUAGUUGCAGAAGUGCCUAUCAAUAGAGAAAUCUUCAAAGGACAAAUUUGGUCAAAUAUAUUUUAAUGUCAACUUAAUGAUUUGUUGGUCUUGACUCAUCUGAGUUAUAGUUUCAAGUAACAGUAAAUUUCUCUGCCUUCUUUAUUGUGAA